GCUUCAACCAAAUCCAAGCUUCGCAUUCUGAUUCUGUUGAAAUAAGUUGAGUUGCCCACCAACAGGCGACGUCAAGCCUUUUUAAAGUAAAAAAAGAAAUAAAUAAAAAUACGCCAUAUAAAAACAAGAUACAGCAUUACGCAAGUCGCAUUACACAGCACGGCAUACGUAACCUGUCGCCGCAAUCCUGUAAUCGACUCGGUUCGGUUCAUCUAUAUUCUCUUCCCUUCUCUCCCUCUCCACGGCCCGAAACAAGUCGUUGGGUAAACUCCCCAUCGUCCUUUAUACGAACCCGACUUCAAGAUGCCUGGUCUGGUUACUGCCACUGGCGUGCUAGCCUUCCUAGCCGAUGAAGAACCCGAGCUCAAGGUGUUUGCUCUGCAGACCCUCAACGACGAUAUCGAUACUGUUUGGUUCGAGGUCGCCAACGCUCUAGGCCAGAUCGAGGCUCUCUACGAAGAUGAAUCCUUUCCCGAACGCAAGCUGGCCGCCCUCGUUCUCGCCAAGGUUUACUACCACCUUCAAGCUUACGAUGAGAGCAUGUUCUUCGCCCUGGCCGCGGGCGAGCUGUUCAAGCUCGACAACCCCGGGGAGUUUGAGGAGACCAUCAUUUCCAAGUGCGUCGACCACUACAUCGCUGCCAAGAACGAGAACCACACCGUCGUUAGCAAAAAGGACGGGGACGCCUCCUUACCUUCCCUCGCUACGGCUUUCUCGAGCACCGCCGCCGACGGAAACGCCUCCGCUCUUAUCUCCCCCACCACUCCGUUCUCCCAGUCCACCUUGCCGUCCAAGUCUCUCCUGUCUCGCGCGUCCACCGAUAAUACAAUCCUCGAGCCUUCUUUCGAACCCCAGAAGAAGCAGCACCGAUCCUCCUCCAUCGCCCUAACUCACAACGAACUCGACACCCGACGCGCCAUCGACAGCGUCAUAGAGCGGCUAUUUGAGAGCUGCCUGAGAGAGAAACGCUACCAGCAAGUCGUAGGCAUCGCUGUCGAAGCGAAGCGGCUCGAUGUUGUCAGCAAGGUUAUCCAGCGCGCGGACAAAGACUACAAGCACAACAAGGGAAAAUCUACGCAGGAAGACACCAUGGGUCCGGCCGAGGAGUUACUCGACUACUGCCUAAACAUAUGCAUGGACGUCGUGCAAGAGCGGGCUUUCCGAGACGACAUCUUGCAGCUUAUUCUCGACAUCCUCACCAGCGGCCGGGCCAAGGAUCCCGACUAUUUCUCCAUCGCCAAGUGCAUCGUCUAUCUAAACAAGGACGAGCAGGCCCGUACCGUCAUAGAGCAUCUCGUCAAAGCCGAGACCGUCGAGGCUACUGCCAUAGCUUACCAAUUCGCCUUCGACCUCUACGACAACGGAACGCAGGAGUUUCUUGGCAAGGUCAUCUCAGGCUUGCCCAAGGGCGACCCGUCCGCCGAGAAGAAGGAGGGCGAGCUUGCGGGCGAAUCCGAGAGGCAGCCGUUACUUAGCGACGUGGAAUCCGGAGGAGAAGUGGACGAGAAGAAAGCCGCAAUCUACGGAAAUAUCCGCUCCAUCCUCGACGGCACCAAAACCAUCAAGCUCAACCUCGAGUUCCUCUACCGCAACAACCGUACCGACCUCAGCAUUCUCAACAAGGUUCGGGAUAGCCUAGAGGGCCGACACUCCAUCUUCCACACCGCCGUCACAUUUUGCAACGCCUUCAUGAACCAAGGUACCACCAACGACAAAUUCUUCAGGGACAAUCUGGACUGGCUGGGGAAGGCCGUGAACUGGUCCAAAUUUACCGCCACCGCGGCUCUAGGUGUAAUCCACCGCGGAAAUCUCUCGCAAUCUAGGAAGCUCCUGGAGCCUUACCUGCCCCGGGGCGCCGGUGGAAUUAGCGGCGGCUCUCCCUACUCUCAAGGCGGCGCCCUUUACGCGUAUGGCCUCAUCCACGCGAAUCACGGCGCCGACGCCCUGGACUACCUCAAGACCCAGUUUACCGCUGCCGAGGAAGAGGUCAUCCAGCACGGCGGCGCCUUGGGUCUUGGUCUAGCCGGCAUGGCCAGCGGAAACGAGGAGAUAUUCGAGAACCUCAAGGCUGUCCUAUACGCCGACUCCGCUCUCAACGGCGAGGCCGUCGGUCUCGCGAUGGGUCUAAUCAUGCUAGGCACAGGAAACGUAAAGGCUCUGGAAGAUAUGGUGGCCUACGCGCACGAGACGUCCCACGAGAAGAGCGUGCGAGGUUUGGCCUUGGGUAUGGCUUUGAUCAUGUAUGGUCAGCAGGAGGGCGCGGACGUUAUGAUCGAAGGCCUCCUGAUGGAUCCGGACCCGUCCUUGCGAUACGGCGGCAUCAUGACCGUGGCGAUGGCUUACUGCGGCACCGGCAGCAACAAGGCGAUUCGAAAGCUGCUGCACGUCGCCGUCAGCGAUGUGAACGACGACGUCCGACGGAUCGCGGUUAUGAGUUUAGGUUUCAUCCUGUUCCGCAAGCCUGGAAGCGUGCCUCGCAUGGUCGAACUGCUCUCCGAAUCGUACAAUCCUCACGUACGUUACGGCUCCGCCAUGGCCCUCGGCAUCUCGUGCGCGGGAACCGGCCUAGACGAGGCUAUCGACCUUUUGGAGCCUAUGAUGAAGGAUCCUACCGACUUCGUCAGGCAAGGCGCCCUGAUCGCGUUAGCCAUGAUCAUGAUCCAGCAGAACGAAGUGAUGAACCCCAAGGUCGCCUCUAUCCGCAAGACGCUAAAGAAGGUCGUCGGCGACCGUCACGAGGAUGCCAUGACCAAAUUUGGCGCCGCCGUAGCUCUAGGUAUCAUCGACGCAGGCGGGCGUAAUUGCACCAUCGGCCUCCAGACCCAAACAGGCAAUCUGAACAUGGCCGGCAUCGUCGGCAUGGCCGUAUUCACCCAGUACUGGUAUUGGUUCCCCUUCACCCACUUCCUGUCCCUGGCCUUCAGCCCGACCUCCAUCAUCGCCCUCGACCACGAGCUGGAUAUCAUCGACGUCAAGUUCCACUGCGCUACCAAACCCAGCCUGUUCGACUAUCCCCCGGAGCAGGAGGUCAAGGCGGAAGAGGGGCCGGCCUUGAUCGCCACGGCGAUCCUCUCUACGACCGCCCAAGCCAAACGCCGAGCUCAGAAGAAGGAAAAGGCCCAGCGACGGGAGAGCAUGGAUAUCGAUUCCACCGCUACGCCGACCACUUCUAAGCCUAGCGCCGGCGGCGACAAGAUGGAGGUUGACACGAAGACCAAACCUAGCGAAGAUGCGAAGGAAAAGAAAGAGGGCGAGACCCCCGCGCUGACAGACAAGGAAGAAUCCACGCCUCCCGCCGAUGUCAAGAAGAAGUCGGAAAAGGAGAAGCCGGGUUAUGAUAUCGAGAACAUGAGCCGAGUUCUACCCGCGCAGCUCAAGUACAUCAGCCUCGCCAAGGGCCGCUACUGGCCCGUCAAAUUGGUGAGACCUGGCCCAUUGCCUACCGGCGGUCCUAUACUGCUACACGAUACGCAGCCCGACAAGGAAAAGGCGCUCAUCGAAGAAAAGCUCAAGAAGGUCGCAACAGAGAAAGCUCCCGUCGCCGGGACCGGUGGUUCGCGCAAUCCACGAUCCGUCGAAGAAGCGCUCCUCAGCCGGCUCGGACGAGACCAGCUCGCUACUCCGAGUAGGAACGAGAGCGGCGCCGCUGCCGCCGCCGGUGUUUUGACCACGAUCGACGAGGAUGGCGAAGGAGACGAGGAGGCGCCGGUCCCUCAGGAUUUUGAGUACUAUACCGACAAGGAAGACGACGACUAGAUGUAGCACCUAGAUAGCCUAGCCGUGUGAACCUGUAUCUUAGCUGUAACAUAGACGAUCCAGUCUCGCACAAUAAUAAUUAGCGGGUGUUUUAAGCCCAAGAA